AUGAUUGACACACUGAAGUUUAAUUGUCCGACAGAAAGCACUAGAGUACAACCGAUUUCCCAUCAUGUAGCACAUACAGGUUUUGAAAGCACUUACCAGUCGGAAUACAAACAGCCCAAUAGUAUAUUAAGAAAAGCGGAUAAAGUGUGCCCAACAGAAACACCAUUCAUUCUGCCAGAUCCUGGAACUGUCCUAGUUCAUGCUGCACCAAAUAUGUAUAAAACGGAAUAUUCUGUUAUAGGUGAAUAUAAAAAAACAAUACUGUAA